UUUCGUUACUGUGCCGCUUUUUAACGUCUGUUUUCGGCUCCAUGUUGAAGUUUUUUGCGUGCAGAGACACAGAUUCUCGUAGCCGCAGACACUGUUAGCCCAUACUACUCUCACUUCACACACACACACGCACACACUCACACAGUGCACACGCAGACACGCGCGCAGCUCUCGCCUGAUUUGCACCAGCGCGGGUCAUUUUAGGUUAAACCCUGGCGCUGUGUCCCGUUCAGUUUAGCCGACGGAGAUCAUCACUGGUUCCAGUUGAGGAGGAAUGCACAGGCACUGGGACUCCAAAUAAUAUUGGGAAAGGAUCUCGUCUUGCAUAUGCGGUGUUUCUCUCGGGGAGCUCAGCAGCUCCUCAGCGCUGCCUGGAGUCAGACUUCACCACUUCCUCUGCUAGGUACCCAGAUGUCUGAGGAGGCUCUGAGGAUGACGACUUGGCCUUAGAACCCCACCAGUAUGUCAGAGCCAGCAGAAAAUUGCUCCCCCCGCUGGAAAGAUGAGGCCAUUCAAAAUGGGUACAUUCCAAGUUACCUGGACAAGGAUGAGCUAUGUGUAGUGUGCGGGGACAAAGCCACAGGCUAUCACUAUCGCUGCAUUACCUGUGAAGGGUGCAAGGGCUUCUUCAGGCGAACCAUCCAGAAGAACCUCAACCCGACCUACGCUUGUAAGUACGAGGGGAAAUGUGUCAUCGACAAAGUGACCAGGAACCAGUGCCAGGAAUGUCGCUUCAAGAAGUGCAUUGUGGUGGGAAUGGCAACCGACUUGGUGUUGGACGACAGCAAGAGGCUGGCCAAGCGGAAACUAAUUGAGGAGAACCGGGAGCGCCGUCGGAAGGAGGAACUGCAAAAGACAGUGUGGGACCGACAGGAGCCCACCCAGGAGGAGUGGGACCUGAUCCGUAUGGUGACUGAGGCCCAUAUGGCCACAAACGCACAGGGCAACCACUGGAAGCAGAAGCGGAAAUUCCUGGUCGAGGAAGCUAUGCUUCUUAAUGAAAUAACAUGUAAUUUAUUCUAUACUUCUGACCAGAGUGCAGCGGGGGUGAAGGAAACUAAGCCUGAGGAAAUUGGUCAAGCGUCCAUGGUCAAUACACCUGAAGGAAACAAAGUGGAUAUAGAAGCCUUCAGUCAGUUUACAAAAAUUAUCACCCCUGCCAUAACCCGAGUGGUGGACUUUGCCAAAAAACUGCCUAUGUUUUGUGAGCUGCCUUGUGAAGACCAGAUCAUCCUGUUGAAAGGCUGUUGCAUGGAGAUCAUGUCACUGCGAGCUGCCGUUCGCUAUGACCCAGAGAGCGAGACCCUCACGCUCAAUGGCGAGAUGGCAGUCACGCGAGGUCAGCUUAAGAAUGGAGGAUUGGGAGUAGUCUCGGAUGCCAUUUUUGACCUUGGCGUGUCGCUGUCCUCCUUUAACUUGGAUGACUCUGAGGUGGCUCUUCUACAGGCUGUCAUCCUGCUUUCAUCUGAUCGGCCGGGCCUGAGUAGCGUGGAGCGAAUUGAACGCUGCCAAGAGGAGUUCCUGCUGGCCUUUGAACAUUACAUCAACUACCGCAAACACAAAGUGGCGCAUUUCUGGCCCAAGCUGCUAAUGAAGGUGACGGACCUGCGGAUGAUCGGCGCCUGCCACGCCAGCCGAUUCCUUCACAUGAAAGUGGAGUGUCCCACCGAGUUAUUCCCUCCUCUCUUCCUGGAGGUCUUCGAGGACUGACCAAUGGAUUCUAGUGGAUGUGUGUGUGUGCAUGUAUGUGUGUGUGUGUGUGUGUAAGUAUGUGUGUGCAUACGUCAGCGCCUGGGCACCCUGGUGGUCUCAGGGGUGGAACCAGCAGAAGGCCCGUCACAAUGAACUUUCUAUUAGCACUACUGAGUGUCACUUCAUUCCAUAGUUUAGGAGUAGCUCUCUGGUCUAGUUUUGGAUGGAACCAUUCCUUACAGUGCGGGUACAUGUGAAUAGCAUUUUGCUCUUUUUUUUUUUUUUUUGGUUUUGUUGUUAAUGUUGUGGAUAUAACCUCUCACCUCGGAUUUUACUAUAGUUUUUUUUUGUGUUGAUGAUUGUACAGUUGGCAUAAUGGUGAUUUUAUCAACACUUGUUCAUUCAUUAGAAACCAUGCAAAUGUUGUAUUUUCCUUGCUUUAUGUUGAAAAACUCAAAAUGGCUGCUCACCUGACACACGUAACAAGACAUUGUUAGCGAUCUGUUAGCCUUCCCCCCACCUGCUCGACUUUAUUGGACCCAUUUGUUAGUAUAUUACUAUAGUCAGUCAUCCUUAUGGUGAGUGUCUGAACUGUUCAGUGCCUCGCCACCAUACUGUGACCUGACCUUUUGACAGCAACACUCAUUCUAAUGGACGACAGCUCACGGGCCUUUGUACGGCUCUGGGUAGCUACACAUCACAACGUGAAGUCGUAAUGCGGCGUUCCAGAGAUGUUGGAAAAAUCUGAAUCUCGCGACAGAACAGCGACUAAAGGCAAAACUCUCAGUAAGAGGCCAAGGCAUGAUUUUGCAACGUCAACUUUUAAGAUGUUAUUUGACGUGAUAUACACACUGCUAACACUACACAACAAUAUUGUUUAAUCCUCAGAUAAGUGUGACCACAACACCUGCCUUUGUUAUAAGUAGCCAGACAUGGAGUUUUGAAUUUUUUAGGGCUAGCAAACAUUGCUAAAUAUCAUGGACAACUUUAGCUAUUGCGCUAUGACAGCAUAUUAGGGCCAUGGAAAAACAAAUAACCUUUUAUUUCACAAAAGAAAGGGGAUGAUAUUUCGAAAAAUACGUCAGAUUUCUUAGAUUUAUUUUGGACGGUAGAGGAGAUACCCACACACAAAUGUAACACAAAAAAGGUGCUCAACAUGCAAAAAAUGAUAAAGAGCGAAUAAAAACAGCAGCAGACGUUUCAGUCCUUGACUAUCAACAGUGCUUUAUCUCAGCCUGUUGAUCUUCUUGUGGCUUUCUCACCCCGUUACAUUGGUGUGUGUGUAUCUCAUCUAUCGUCCUUUCUUGUUUGUCUGUCGUACCAAUGCACCCAAGACAAACCUUUUCGUUGCCCCAAGCAGGCACAGUUUCACAGCAGCCCUAAGACACGUUUGAAUUGUAAGUCGCUUAUUAUCCAUAGCAUAUCUUCCAGUUUUGAAAUGAUCAGGUCCACGUAAGAGUUUUAAUGUGGUCCGCCAAACAACUCUGCGUUCAGUCUGCUCGAAGAUGUGUCACCGUCUCUACAAAGGAAAAGAAGCAAAACAGAUAUUCUUAAGGGCUGCUUCACGGAUAAUACGUCGCUGAGAUAAGGAGAGGAUGCUAAUGGAAUACGACAAAUCGUAUUCUAGGAAGUGUUUAUUUUUGCAAAUCACAAAUGUCUGUGAUGCACAUGUGACGUGUUUCCGUCUUUUUAUAUAAAUGGUAAAUGGACUGCAUUUAUAUCGUGCUUUUAUAAUCUUUGUGACCACUCAAAGCACUUUGCAUCAACAAUUUACACACACAUUCAGAAGCAAUUUAGGGUUCAGUAUCUCGCCCAAGGACACUUCGACAUGUCUACUGCAAGAGCCAAGGACUGAACCACUGACCUUCUAAUUGGUCGACAGCUCUGCGAUGAUUAGUUGAUAAGU